UAUAUAUAUAUUAGGGCUGUCAAAAUUAUCGCGUUAACGGGCGUUAAUUAAUUUUUUUAAUUAAUCACGUUAAAAUAUUUGACGCAAUUAACGCACUAGGCCCGCUCAGACAGAUUUAAAUGUCAGUACAGUGAAAGGCCAACUUGUUAAUUGUGUUUUAUGGAGUUUUUCCGCCCUCUGCUGGCGCUUGGGUGUGACUUGCAUAUGUUAUGUGGCGUAAUGUCGCCCUCUGCUGGCGAUUCAGUGCAGCUGAUUAUUUGGGUUUCGGCGCGCUUUUCUGACGCGAUUAUAUGUCGACGCGAACUCACACUAAUAGACAGUGCUAUUCAGACCAGCUAACGUCCGCAUCCAGUAUUCAGUGGCAGUUCUCAUAGCCCCAUCACACUGUUUGUGUCUAAUACAUGCAUCGCUUCAGUGAGUUGGGGCAUUCAAGAAAGACCCACUGCCAGGCAGAAACAUUACGGGACUACAGUACCGCUUCAACUGGUUGGACAAGACUGGAAACCAAUACACCAGCUCCAAUCGCAGAGUCACCCGAUGUCGCUCAAGUUGUUGAUUGAGGCGGAAGGUGAACAGCUGCUUUUGACACUGCGGAAAAACGAGGCUCUGUUUGCAAGCAACUAUAAAGAAACUCAUUAUCUGCAAGAUGGCACUGCGGUUAUAAGGACACACAACUCCAUGGCUCACUGCUACUACCACGGUGAGGUGGAACAUCACCCUGACUCUGAUGUUAGCAUCAGUACAUGCAACUCUAUGCUCAAGGGUUUAAUUUCGUUGGACGGCCGCGCUUACGUGGUGGAACCUGCGGGUCGCGGGACCAACGGUACUCACUGGAUCUACGAGACGCGACACCUUCGUUUGGCUAGCGGCAACUGCGGACAUCGUUUUAACACGACGGAGGACGUCACACCGCCAUACCGAAAUCCGUUCCAAUCCUUCAGAACCAGGCACAAGCGUCACAUUCAAACGACCACCAAAUACGUGGAACUGAUCAUCGUGGCUGACAACCGGGAGUUUCAGAAGCAAGGCAAGGACGUGGAGAAAGUCAAGCAGCGUCUGGCCGAGAUUGCCAAUUACGUUGACAAGUUCUACAGAGCUUUAAAUAUCCGUGUGGCUCUAGUGGGCCUAGAAGUGUGGAGCGACGUGGACAAGUGUCCCGUCACGCAGGACCCUUUCACCACCCUUCACGAGUUUUUGGACUGGAGGAAGGUUAAGCUGCUGCCUCGGAAGCCGCAUGACAACGCACAGCUUAUCAGCGGCGUGUACUUCCAAGGUACCACCAUUGGCAUGGCGCCCAUCAUGAGCAUGUGCACAGCGGAGCAGUCUGGAGGAAUCGUCAUGGAUCAUUCAGACAACCCGCUAGGCGCCGCCGUCACGCUAGCUCACGAGCUGGGUCACAAUUUCGGAAUGAACCACGACACGCCGGAACGUGGGUGCGGCUGCCGGGUGACGGCGGAACGCGGCGGCUGCAUCAUGACUCCUUCCACCGGGUAUCCCUUCCCUACCGUGUUCAGCAGCUGUAGCAAGAAGGACUUGUUAGCUAGCUUGGAUAAGGGGGUGGGCAUGUGUCUGUUCAACAUGCCUGAAGUCAAGGUUCUCUACGGCGGGCAGAAGUGCGGCAACGGCUACGUGGAAGAAGGAGAAGAGUGUGACUGCGGGGAACCCGAGGAAUGCCUGAAUCCCUGCUGCAACGCUACCACCUGCACCCUAAAGGGCGAUGCCGUUUGCGCACACGGUCAAUGCUGCCACGACUGCCAGCUGAAGCCUGCAGGAACUCCCUGCCGUGAAUCGGGCAACUCGUGCGACCUGCCCGAGUUUUGCACGGGUGGCGGCCCUCACUGCCCGGCCAACGUCUACUUGCACGACGGACAUGCCUGCAGCGGCGUGGACGGUUAUUGCUACAACGGCGUGUGUCAGACGCACGAGCAACAGUGCGUGACACUCUGGGGGCAAGGUGCCAAGGCAGCGCCCGGCAUUUGUUUCGAGAGGGUCAACUCGGCAGGCGAUCCUUACGGGAACUGCGGCAAAGACGCCAAAGGAUCCUUCGCCAAAUGUGAAGCGAGGGACGCCCAGUGCGGCAAAAUCCAAUGCCAAGGUGGCGCCAACCGCCCCGUCAUCGGCACCAACGCCGUCUCCAUAGAAACCAACAUUCCCUUGCAGGAAGGUGGCAGGAUUCUGUGCCGCGGCACGCACGUCUACCUGGGCGAUGACAUGCCUGACCCCGGUCUGGUGCUGACGGGUACCAAGUGCAGUGACGGAAUGAUGUGCCUGAACCGCCGGUGCCAGAACGUCAGUGUUUUCGGCGUGCACGAGUGCGCCGCCAAGUGCAACGGGCGAGGGGUGUGCAACAACAAUAAAAACUGUCACUGCGAGGCUCACCGCGCACCUCCUUUCUGCGACAUGUCCGGUAUGGGGGGCAGCGUGGACAGCGGUCCUGUCCGACUGGCAGACGGCAUCCGAGUGACUGUAGGUGUCCUGGCGUUGCUGCUUAUCGCGGUGGGCUUCGCCGUGGUAGUGUACUUUAAGCGAAAAAAUCUCCGAGGGGCGCUCUUCAGUGCCAAAAAGGAUCCUACUGACAAGCUAAGGUCCGUAAGUGCCUCAACGGCCCUGGCGACCACUCCCAAGCGGCAUCAACCUGCGACCGUGACGUCCCCUUCUCGGCCCGCGCCGCCGCUACCCCACAGCGCCACCAUUUUUAAGCCGCCUGGAGGCCGGCCGCAGGCGCAGUUGCCACCGCCGUACCCGUCGCACCUGCGGCGAUUGCCCCAGUGCCAGCCGCUCUCGGUCAGCGUGUCCAUCGCCACGGCGCCGCCGCCAGCGCCGCCUCCUCAUCUUCAUGCUCAUCCUCACGUCCACAUGGCGGUGGCAAGGACAGCCGCGGCCAUCCGCGGGGCUCCAUGUCUGAACGCUUGUAGGGUGGAAACCGAGCGGCCCGGCCCCCCUCAGAAGCCUCUGCCCGCGGACCCCCGGGUCUCUCACACCGCACCAAGACCUGUGCGCCCCCACCCGGGUGCCAAAAGCAUAGCCAAGCAGCCCCCCACGCUACCCAAGCCCCGCGUCGUCGCCAACGUCAAGUACAGCAGAUGAUGAAGAUGAUAAAGCACCGGUGGAACCAUUUGCACUAGGACCGCCAUAAAACUAGCGGCCCUGAUACGCCUCCAUGGUGCUAAAAGUUCAGGUACACGCAAGUGAACUAUUUAUAGAUGAUCUCUAUUUAUUUGCGGCCACGCGGCGCACUGUGCCUCACUUUUUCACCAAUAUUCACUUUUAUUAGCCAAGAAUACAUCUCAUUUUACAACAGCGUUUUGACGCUGCGCCGGAAUUAAGGUGGGUUUUAUGUGAUGAAUGAACUCAUAAGCCAAGGAAAAUUUAUGUGAACCUGGACUCGUGACUGAACGGAGCUAAUCGGAGUCAGGAAUCGGCCAACAAAUGUGAAAAGAUAAGAGGUGUUUGUUAAUUCCCACCUUAUUCACACAUCUAUUUUUUUCCAUCAUUAUUCGGUAUCGCUGAUUAUUUUUGUCAAUUUUUAAAUUUUUACAGUUACUUUUAUUUUACAUAAUUUUUACCCCAUUUUUCACUUUAUACUAUAGUCACUUUUUUUGAAGAAUCAGCAUUUUUAAUUCAUUUUUACAAUACUGUACCUCUACUUAUGAAAUUGGUUCUAGUAGUUUUGUAAACUGAAAAUUCCAUAAGAAAAAGAUGUGCUUUCCCUGUAAAUGCAGAGCUUCAGACUGCGACCAAAUGGUCACAUUAGCGCCAGUGAGAGUAUUUUUUUCUCAUCUACUCACACAUGCGCGACCAGUAACUCUACAGAUUUUUUUUGUUUGUUUUUGUUGCUGACAAAUUCCUUCAUGGUUAAAUCCACAAGUUGGCGGUAAUGUAACAAACUGAUUGCCAAGGGAAAAUACAACAGAAAAAAAGAAGGUGGAGGUGGACGAUGUGAGAAGCGGACCAUCCUGGCUCGAUGCCGAGCAAAUUGGAGUAUAUAAAAAUGCAUAGGAGGGAAAUUAAACCACGAAAGGCGCUAAAAAAUGUAUGCCUUUCGUAUCCUGAAAUUUUCUGUAACAAGAGGCAGUAUUUUCCCUUUGAGGCGUGUCGUAACCUGAAAAUUAUGUAUGUAGAGACGUUCGUAAGUAGAGGUACUGUACUACUGUAACAAUAUUUUGCAGUUUCAUGUUUUUCCUGAUUUUUUUGUUUUUGUUUAGUCAUGUUGUUCUCCUCAAAAUAUUUUUUUUAUCUUUGAACAUUUGAAAUCCAGGUUUUUUUUUUCCGACCAUUGUUUUUUCAAACCAAUCAUAAUUUUCACUUCUUUUUUUCCCCUCUACCAUUCACAUUCUUGAUUCGAAGAGUGAAUUCUUCUUUGAAUGAAAGUAUCAGCUCUUAAAUUUUCGUGCAAUGCUAAACUAAACUUGAAGCCAGCGAAUGACUGCUCUGCUUUUGACUCCCACAUUUCACAAAAUACUCAGAAAUCAUCAUCAUCUCAUAUCUCAUGCAAGCAAACUCCAUUUUGCAUUUGUUUCAUAUUAUUGUGUUGUCCAAAACGGGACUGAACUUUUAACACGAUUUCGGUCGUGUCCAUGCACUACUUUACUGCUAUGAGUUCUACAAAAAAACAAAACAAGAAAAGAUGUGUGCACUGAAGAGCAAAGUGUGUGUGAGUGUGUUUGUUGUGUUACAAGUGAACGCGUGUUUUUUCUAUGCCAAACAUUUGAUACAUCAUAUGUGCAGUAAACACUGUCCAAAGUGUCCUCGUCUCUGUCUCGUUUCAUAUUUUUGUACAAUGUUACUUGAAUAAAUCCAAUGGGUUUUUUUUUUUAAUUUGAUCGCUGCGAAAUCGUGGAUUGGAUGGCUAGUAAUGCCAAUUGCUCUGAAACAUGAACAUUCACAGUCAAUCCUCCCAGUUGGAAUGAAUUUGACAUCUGUCAUUGUAAACGACAGGCAAUGAGUUAACAUUGAUGCCAGAAACAGAUGCUACUUUUCAUUUUUAUGCAGUUUUAUUCUGUAAUACAGUGCUGGCCAAAUGUAUCGGCACCCCUGCAAUUCUGUCAGAUAAUGCUC